AUGGGUCGAGGCAAGGAUAUACCAGAUGAUACAGGUCCACCUGGAGUCCCGGGAGUGGAUGGAAUCGAUGGCCCUCGAGGUCCGGACGGUCCCCCGGGUCCACCGGGUCCAAAAGGUGACACAGGUCCGAGUGGCGCACCUGGAUCGAUGGGAAAGCCAGGGAAAGAUGGAGCAACAGGACAACAGGGGUCUCCAGGGCCACCUGGGCAACCUGGAACAAAGGGUGAACCUGGACCAGUUGGGCCUCCUGGAGCUCCCGGUGAGGUAGAACAGGGGCCACUUGGCCCGCCUGGUCCACCUGGACUUCCGGGUGAAAUUGGUCGUGUGGGUCCUCCAGGUGAUCAAGGACCUCCAGGACUACCUGGACCACCAGGGCCUCCUGGACCCAAGGGGCUUCCAGCAGUAACAAAUGGUGAAAGUGGUCUUGAUGUUCUGUGCCCAAAUUCAUGCCCUCCAGCCCUCCAGGGUCACGCUGGUCUUCCAGGAAUGAAGGGUCAUAAAGGUGUGAAAGGUGAAUCUGGUGAACCAGGCAGGCAAGGACACAAGCCUCCAAAACUGCAUUCCAUUGAUUAA